AGACUAGCAGCAGCAAUUAGUAAACAUCUGGUAGAGCUGCAUAUCUUCUGAGCUCAUCAUACAAGCUACUUCUUAGUGCAACUGGUAAAAAUUAUAUUAAAGGGUUUAUAGAGGAUCCAUGUCAUAAAGUGUAGGAGUUCUUAAAGAAACAGGAGCCCAAUUUAAAUUACAAAUUCAAAUUUAUUUUAAGUCAUAUUUGAUGCAUGCAGCAUUUUUGUAUAAACUGAAAUUAACAUAUUUACCUGAUUGUGCUAUAAAAUGGCCCUAUGUGCCUGGAAAACACACUGAUGCUGUCCCUUUAAGAUGAUCCCAUUUCUAACUUUUUUAAUAAGGAAAUCAGUCCAGAGCUGGAGUGAUGCUUCACUAGUUUUUGUGAAAUUAAUUGUCACGUUUUGCUGCAUCUUUUCUUUGCUUCCUAUAUUUAUUUUACUUUAUUUCUUUAGCUGAUCAUGUUUCCUACCCUACGUUGACCGGUGCCAGAUUUAAUCAGACUCAUGAAGCACAUGACGUUCAUGCUCCUGAUGCUGAAAUCUCAUCAGGCUCUGCUUGCUCCUCACGUCUCGUUUUAAUGACUGCUGCAGGUUGUGCACAGCGUCUUUGUCCUGACCUUCUGCACAGCUAUAAAAAAAAAGUCUUAGAUUUUAAACGAUAAAAUCAAACAAUUUAAUUACAAAUUCAAAAGAAUGUAAUAAUCCUUGGUGAUUAAUUUUAAGGAACUGGACAUAAGUGUAAGGUUUUGCCUAAGGGACACAGCUUUUACUUGAUUUUUGUGGUCGUUUUAGUUCAUGUCAUAAAAACUCACUGCCACCCAUAAAAAUGCUCUGAUAUGUUGUGACUAUCAGUUCCUGGUGCUGCAUCUAAGCAGAUUUUCUCAUGCACAAGUGGAAAAUUUUUUACCCUGUUCCUUUCUACAACACUCGUCUGAUAAAUGUCAUUUUAGCCUGUAAGUGACGUGACUGAGACAUUGGAGAGGAGCGGAGGAGAGAGGAGCCUCGGCCCCUCCCUUGCUGUUCACGCCCCUCGGAUCGGAUAGCAGCAGGCUGCAUUUCUCCCCUAGGAGGUCUGGAGGUCUGGUGUGCUCGGUAAACCCCACUCUUCUCUGUUGUGCCGGACUGACAGAUGAGACCGCUGAUCCCCGCUGCUCACUGCUGGAGAGGAAGAGGAUGAGACCGUCCUGUAGCACAGACUCCUGAUCACACUGGCUGAAGCCUCCAGAAUCUGCUCUGGACCCUGGGACACCGUAAUCUGGAUCUUGCAGAAAGAAUCUCAACAUGAUGUCAAAAAGAUGCUUCAUUCUAUUUCUGCUUCUAGCUUUAGUGUUUCCUGUGGUUAGAGCUAAUAGGCUGCUAAAAAGAAAGCCUCAGAACCACCAAAAGCUUUGUGUGUGUGCUAGUGACAUCAUCAGCUGCACUAAUGUGAGUCUAACCAACGCCACCUUCGACCUUCCUCAGCAUACAGCAGUUCUGGACCUCAGUUUCAACUCCAUCACUCAACUCCGUGCUACAUGGACGUCGAAUAAUCUCAACCAGCUGCAGACGUUACUGCUGAACAACAACAACCUCACCUUCCUCUCCUCUGAGGCCUUCGUGCACACGAUAAGUCUACGUUACCUGGACCUCUCCAGCAAUCGCCUGGCUCUCUUGGACGAGAUCAUCUUUGAGCCGCUGGAAAAACUCGAGAUACUUCUGCUGUUCAACAAUUGCAUAUCUCAAAUCGACCGCUCUGCCUUCCACAGCAUGGUCGCUCUGCAGAAGCUCUACUUGAGCCACAAUCUGAUCUCACGCUUCCCUCUGGAGGUGCUGAAGGAACGGAGCAAGGAGAACUCUCCUUUCAAACUGCUGGAUGUUUCCUCUAAUAGGAUCAAAGUUCUUCCAGUGAAGGAGCUUCAGGCCAUGCGCGCCUGGCUCAAGAACGGUGUCUAUUUCCACAACAACACGCUUACAUGCAGCUGUGAGCUGCAUGACCUGGUGGCCUACUGGCACCUCAGGGAGCUAAGCUCUGUGUCUGACUUUGCAGACAGCCACACAUGUAACAUGCCAGGUAAACAGAAUGAAAAAAUCCUGAAGCUGAACUGCAGUGAAGUCAAGAUUCUGAAGAAAGAAGGCUACUUGGAGGAGACCAUGGUUCUCGACUGCGACACCAGACAAAAGUACAUGGCGAAGAGAUGGGUGCUGCCUGGAAACAUAUCAGCAAACAACACCACCGUCUUAAACGGUAAUUUCCUCAACAUCGGGCCGCUGAAGGUGGCAGACUCCGGGGUUUACACCUGCUACGCCACCAACGAUUCCCUCAGUGACACACUCCACAUUACUGUGGUGGUGUUUAACUCCACUAAGAGGGGCGGGUUGGAAGAUCUAAACACAGCGUACACCACCCUGGGAGCAUGCGUGGUCAGUAUAGUUUUGAUCCUGGUCUACCUCUACGUCACGCCCCACUGCUGCAGUUUUUGCUCAGGUGGGAACACGGAGAAGGACGACACCGGGGAGAGCCUCCACUCCUCCACUAUGAGCCUCCCUCUGGCCCACGGAGAGCGGGGAGCGGAGGCCGCAGGAUUCACCUUCAGGCACGGGGACUUGCAGGAAAGCAAGAACGGAAGACUGAAUCCAAUAGGCGAGGACGACUAGCAGACAACGAGGAACAGAGACAGAGAGACCUGAGGCGGCAUCUGCCAGCUCCGAUGUUCCUGUGGUGGGAAAAACAAAAUCAAAGCACUGCAGAAACACCAAAGAAGUAUUUCUGGUCCAGUUUAUUGAGAAAAUAUCUUAGAACACUUGAAACAAGACAAAACUAAAGCAAAAGUAACUUUUCAGCAAGACAUAGGAGCCUGAUUUUAGUCAAUAGUUACUUAAUAUUGAUGUUAAUAUUGAUGAAAAAGUACUAGUUAUAAGUGAAAUUACCUGCCAGCGAUAGAAAACAUUUUCUCCACAUUUAAAAUUGGGAAAUGUCUUGUAGAACUACGGCUAACAAUUAUUUUAGCGAUCGAUUAUAAUCGAUUAUCUUGAUUACAUUAGAUUAGAUUUUAUUUCAGUAUUUUUGAAGGUGUUUUAGUUUGAGAAUUGGUUUAUUUCGCAAAAAUUGCUAUGAAAACACGUUUUUCCCACAUCACACAAGUCACGUGAUCAGCAUUAUUAUGAUAAUGAUAGAUUAAUUAAUCGAUUAAUGCGACUAAAAAACCGAGCCCAGUCUGCUGAUUUUCAUUUAAUACUUUUUCUACAACAUUACACUUUAAAAGACAUAAUAAAUCAAAUAAUUAGAUUCAUUUUAAGUAAAUAGCUAAAGCUAUCCCACCUGAGGAGUUGUAAGUAGAACUAAUAAAGUUUUAUUAUUAUUAUAUUAUUGCUCUUAUCUUAAAUGCAAAAUGUAUAUAUUUUUGCAAAGUUUUAGCUUUAUUACUGCUCUGACUGAGGUAUUCAACAUAGGCCAGCAAAAUGGCCUAUGUUGAGUCUGUAUCCUCCAGUUAAUGAUUAAUUGGUUGAUGAUUACUAAAUUAGUUGAUAAUUAUUGUGAUCAACAACUACUCACAAGGAAUCCAAUUAAUUGUUUCAGUUCUACUGUCUUGUUACACUUGCUGAUUAUUUCACUUAACUAGUAAUUAUUUACCUUAAACAAGCUCCUACACCUUGUUGAAAAGUUAUUUGUUAGUUAGUUUUGUCUUAUUUCAAGGGCCAAAAUGUUUGUACUAGAAACUAGACCAUAUGCUAAUGGGUUAGAGAAGAGAAAUGUCAAGAAAAAAACCAGGAUGUGUGAGGAGGAACAAAGGCAUCAUCACUUUGAAAUACCAGGACUGCUGGCUUCGGUCAGAAAACUUCAAUUUAGCUGUCAAUGAUUCUUUCAGAAAGACAAUGAUCCAAAAACAUGUGACCAGAUCAACACAGUAACCAUUCACCAGACACAGAAUCCAGACCUGAAACCUUUAGAGUGAAGUGUGGCAAAGCCGAUUUUAUUUUAAUGUUAUUUACACAUAUUUGCCAAGAAGUGCGGAUGACACUGUAUGCAGCUUUAAUAAAAAUCCUUUAUAAACGCCUGAAAUCUCUCAUAAAAUCAGUAUACUUGCUGUGCACUUAAGAACAUGAGCAUCUGAGUUACUGUUUGCACUUGUAAUGGAAGUGCUUGAAAUGCUUUUACAACCACAAAGACUGAGAAACACAAGCCACUGAUUGACAAACCGCAUGAGAACAAAUGGCAUCCAAUGGCAGCAAAGAAAAGAGAGAUCUCAUCCUGUGCAGCUCUCAGUGCUGAAAACUGAGAUGCUCAUAUUAUGCAAAACAGGCAAAGCUUAAUUAUCAGCAUUAGCAGUUCAGAUUUCAUGCAUUAUGCUGCAUUCUUGUUGAUUUGUUUUAUUCUUCACAAUGUAUGGUGUUUCUUAUGCAAUUUAACUAAUUGCAUAAGAAACAAUUGUGAUUAAAUUUUAAAUAUGAAUGUGUCUUUUUCCACUAACAGUGGCCUUUGCUUUUGUGAAGCACAUAUUUAACAUAUUUUUUAAGUUUCAGUGGACUGACUUGUGCAACAGAAGCAUUACUAUCACCACUGUGCUUAUUUUAUGUUUUAUUAAAGAUGGCUGUAAUU